AGGAAGGCAGAGACGUCAGGAGGAUGGCGGAGGAGAGGAAGGCAGAGACGUCAGAGGGAAGGCGGAGGCGAGGAGAGGAAGGCAGAGACGUCAGGAGGAUGGCGGAGGCGAGGAGAGGAAGGCAGAGACGUCAGGAGGAUGGUGGAGGAGAAGAAGGCAGAGACGUCAGAGGGAAGGCGGAGGCGAGGAGAGGAAGGCAGAGACGUCAGGAGGAUGGCGGAGGCGAGGAGAGGAAGGCAGAGACGUCAGGAGGAUGGCGGAGGAGAGGAAGGCAGAGACGUCAGGAGGAUGGCGGAGGAGAGGAAGGCAGAGACGUCAGAGGGAAGGUGGAAGAGGGGUUAAAUUGAAGUGUACAGUUUGAGUCAAGAGUCCGGACACACCUACUGAAAAUCAUUUGAAGCAGA